AGAAAUCUGAUCCUCGGCUUCGAUAUUUCAAACAUGGCUACGGAAACUAGUUCGCUUGAUUACUGGCGCAAGUACUUUCGGAGUACGAAUUCGGAUAUCUUUAACGUCAUUGAGUAUGCAAUAAUGGUAGCUGCUUCAGAUUGUCCUAAUGAGCUUAAGAAGAGAAGGGAUGGAAUUGCUGAACGGCUCUAUACCUGUAAAUACACUCGGUGUUCUGGAUGUGAUGGUGUGGAGCUAGCUGUACGAAAGGAGGAAGAAGGGGAUGAUAGUGGUUGUAAAAGUAGUGGUGAUUUUGUGGGUUCUGUUGGGAAGGAGAGCAAAGUUAAUAGCUCUACAAAUGAUAACACUGAGAACGAUAUCAAAAGGGUGAGCAAUUUCAGCUACGAUGAAGCCGAGGCUCUGACAGAGGAGAUUGAAGAGGAGAGUCUAAUUGUGGGUGAGGUCUUGAGGAUCAAAGAGAUUCUUGUCAAUAGUCAAGAUCAGUCUGGUGGGAUAUUGUUUGAAUCAUUAAGGCGGCUUCAAUUGAUGGCACUUACUGUGGAUACAUUGAAGGCAACAGAAAUAGGAAAGGCAGUAAAUUGCCUCCGGAAGCAUAAUGAUAAGCAGAUUCGUCACCUCACAAGAACUCUCAUUGAUGGCUGGAAGGGUAUGGUUGAUGAGUGGGUGAAUGCAGCAGCUGCAGUUGCUGGUACGGUUAGUGUAACAGAAGGUUCUCCAGAUUCUAUCAACCCUUCUGUUGUUGUUGAUGAAGAAGAAGGGCUGCCUUCGCCUCCACUGGAUGAAGGAAUAUUCUUUUCGACUCAGACUACUUCAAUAGAGCUCUCUCAGUUCUUUGAUGGCAUGGAUGAAGAUGGAAAUCCUCGAAACAAUGGGGAAUUCGACAAGAAACGGGAGAAUGGGAGAAAAACGACAAUGGAGAGCCACAAUAACCCAAAGAGGAAACCACUGCUUCCGGAUGAGUCAAAUAUGCUCACCAAGGAUAGCAAGGGCCAGCCAGUGAGGAAACCUGAAGCUGUUAUCAGGCAAACGAAGCCCUCCAAUACUGAGUCUGGGCCAGGGAGACCUCCAAAGCAAAGUUCGGUGCCCAAAUCCAAUAGUGAAACAAAGUUCCAACAGAAAAUGGAUAUCAAUGGAAUACAGAAGAGGCCAGAGUCUGGUCAACAAGAUAAAUUAAAGUCAUCAGAUGAAAUUUCAGUCCGAGCAAAACUUGAAGCUGCUAAGAGGAAGCUUCAAGAGGGAUACCAACAAGCUGAGAAUGCCAAGAAACAACGGACAAUACAGUUCAUGGAGUUGCAUGACCUCCCUAAGCAGGGGCUUGGUCAUAGACUUCCUCAUGUUAAACCAGGCAACAACAACAAUUGGCAGUGGGCAAAUGGACGACGGCACUGAUUGUACUGAUGUUACACCAAAGUUCAUGGAACUGGAUGUAAUUACACCUUGUUUCUUCCAUCGUGGAAGCUGAUGAUGGGCGAAACAUCGAAACCCUUCCUGGCAUUCCAUCUCUUAAUCCAGUCAGUAGUGUAGGAAUUCAAUGUUAGAUACCCAUCAAUUUUGCUGGAGAGGAGAAGAUGGGGUUGGGGAACAACUCAAAGUUGGGUUAAGGUCUCUUAGACUCUUUAUCUGAAACAUUCAAACGGAUGAUUACAACAAUUCAAGUACAUUACAUGGAGGUAAAGAGAUAGUAUGAUAGGAUUCAAUAUAGAGAAACUUAAGUCGAACAUGUUCAUGAUAUUAGUUAUAGUUAUACCCUUCAACAAUCUUGUUUAUUCUUCCUUCAAUUAAACUCUUUCUUGACAUUUAUAAUGCACUUUGUGAAGUGCAUUCC